AUGCUUACUGAUCACUUGAAUUUGGUGUACGUGCGUGGACGAGUUUCAAGAUCAAAGGAUUUCAUAAGCAACAUGCCUAAUGAAAUUCUACUUAUGAUAUUGUCUCUAAUUCCCUUAAAGGAUGCUGUGGCCACUGUAAUUCUGUCUAAGAGAUGGAUAUCUGUAUGGUGUAACUUAAUCCAUCUCAGGAUCGAUGGUGGUGAAAGGUUAGACAAAAUAAUCAAGAUUCCAAUGUUGCGUGAUCCAGUGCAAUCAAUGUACAUCAGAAAGGUGAAUGGUGUCAUUAAAAAUCACAAAGGUCCUCUUGUUCAAGAAUUCCAGAUUCGUUUCGAUUUGGAUUGUAGAAAUAAUCGUGCUAUCGAUUAUUGGCUCCAGUUUGUGCUGAACAAGAAAGUUCAGACACUUGAACUGGAUUUGAUGAACCACGUCAAGUUUCGUUGUUCUAAUAUACGAUCGACUUAUUUAUAUGAGUUUGACCUUGUAUCGUUCACCUACAAGGGUCCAACAAUAGAUUUACGUCUAGCUCAUCUUCCAAAAAUGAAAGAACUUGAUAUUUGCCUAGGAGCUGAAGGGUUACAAAAUAAUAUAUUCAGACAGAUCGCAUCUUGUGUUUCAUACAUUCAAGUUCUUUCCCUCAAGGAACGUUUGAUGCUUAAUUCCAUUCCUGAACUACCAAAUGUGAAGAAAUUGAGGCUCACAAUUGGAGCAUAUAAUGAUAACUGCUUGCUACGUUUCACUUACAUAGCAAAUGCAUGUCCAUGUUUGGAGACCUUCAUGAUUCAGAGGAAGAGGAAAGCAAGGCGUUACUCCACUCCUACUCGGCCCUAUAACAACCUCUGUCUACUUGAACUCAUGUGGUAUUAUGGACGGAUGAGUGAGUUAGAACUAGUCACUCGUAUAAUCGAAAACGCUGCUGCACUGAAGCAAAUCGUGAUUGAUCCUCACUGCCAAGGUCGGAUUGGAAAUACACCUGUAAUGAAGUUGAAGAAGAACUUGAAGAUUGAGGAAACUGCUCGAACUUAUGCCCAGAGCCAGCUCAAAUCAGUAACACCUCAGGGAGUUAAAUUGGUGAUUCUCUGA